AUGCUGGCAAAUCCACAGAAUCUGGAUAUUGGUGCUUUGCUUCAGUCUCCAUCGUUGUCUCCCUUUGCACUUGCAUUGAAGAGUUCCAAAUACAUGCUGGUGGUGCCCAACCGGCACACGAGCGUGUACACUAGGUUGUGGUGUGGAUAUGAAGCCUAUCUAGCCUUUCAAAGCAACAAGAUUAUCCAGACUGCCGCACCUCCCAUUUGGCGGCAAGUGUGGCUUGCUUGGUUCAUGAUGCUGCCGGCACUUUUGAUAGGUCUUAUGGUGGGCAGUAUGUCAAAGGUACACCACUUGGAAGGUGCCAAGCAGUUGAUGCUGCUGAUGAGAACGCUCGCGCUUUUAGCGAGCCUAGUGAGUCAAAACUGUGGUCAGAUCAGGCUUUGCUUGAUUGCAAACCAUAUAGGCUUAGCUAGUGGUGCAGCCGCAGUCAUGGAAAUUGCAUGGUCAGACCCGCAUGACGCCCUGCCACUGUUGCCGCAAAACAUUGACGAACAAGCUUCGACCGUUUGGUACACAAGGGUGAGCAUGCUUGCAUAUUUCUUACUGGCUGAAAUUGACCGGUUGAACUGGCAAACCGAAAUCAGUGAGACGGAGCAACUGCAAAAUCAGUUUGGAGGAACCAUCCGACAAGCUGCAUGUUCCCAAGUCCAAGAUGAGUUAAACAUUCGACAUGAAAUUGGUGACCAAGUUGAUGAAGUUGACAAAGUAAUUCACGUUCUUUUGAAGGCUGGACUGACGUCGGAUGCACUUCGAGAUGCAUAUUUGCGGGGAGUUGAGCUUGAGCAUGCUGGGGUUGUUCAGGUGGCAAUCCCUGCUAUUGUUCUUGGUCCUCAUUUGUUCCUGAGUUUCUCGCACCUGCUCCGUUGCAUUGUUAUGUUCUCCUCACAUCAUGCUGAAGUCCACUGGUCUCAAAUCCAUUGGUUCCUUACAUCCUUGCAAGCAUCAUCAAUAUUUGCGAGAUGUUGUUUUUUGACUCUCCUAUUCACUCGUCCCAUAGACGAACGAUGCUUCAUGCUCAACGCAAUGGCAAAGAUUGUGGCUCCCAUUUUAUUCUGUUUUUUCCUGGAAAGCCAAGUUGUGUAUUGUUUUCUGCUGAGCUUGUAUCACCUGUCCUUCCUUGUGGUACUGUUCUUUGCUGCUUUGGGCAUUCGUGGUACAUUGAAGUUACCAUGUGGCAGAUUCUUCACCCAAGUCUUCUUAUCCAGAGUCCUCAGCUGUCGAUUGGCGACUUCCUCGCCGGACGAGUCUGACGACAUCGCCGAUGAGAAGAGCCUGACGACUUCGUGCUCGUCCCGGUCGGAAGGCUUUGGUUCGUCCAGCAGCUGA